AGGCAACUAUAUAGAAAGAAAAGGGAUAAGAAAAGAAUAAACUUCCAAGUUAAAAUAAGGCAAACACAAGGAGCCAUGGAAUCUUUUCUUAAAGCAUCAAAGGUUGCAUUGUCCGACUUAUCGCCGUACCAAAUCAUCCGCGUUAUUCUGGGAAAUCAGACCUGUGAUUUGGAUUCCGCUGUUUGUGCCUUGGCACAAGGAUUUUCAGAGUACGUCAAUGCCAAGAAACAUGGACAAAGUGAUCUUGCUGUGAUACCAGUUCUGAAUAUUCCAGAGAAGGAGUUCCGUAUCAAAACUGAAGUAGUCUAUUGGUUGAGAUCUCAUAAUAUUCCAUUGUACCUGAUAACAUUCAGAGAUCAGAUUAAUUUGCAAAAUCUGCAGAACAAGACUGACAAGAAGCUGGAGCUGAUUCUAGUUGAUCAUCAUAUUCUUCCGAAUGAAGAUAUUGUUCUGAAACCUUCAGUAACGAAUAUUAUCGAUCAUCGACCAUUAGAUCCAGCCUGGUCAUGGUCUAACAUACUGUUAAACGUAGAAAUUGUUGGAAGCUGUACAAGUCUUGUCGCACGUGACAUACUCCAAAAAAAUCCUGACAUGUUAGAUGCUCAGCUUGCAAGUUUCUUGAUCGGUCCAAUUUUGGUUGAUACCUACAAUAUGUCAGCUAAGGGUGGACGAGUAACCGCCACCGAUGUUGAUGUAAUAAAUAAACUCGAACAACUCGGUAGACUCAGAACUGAUAGAACUGAGGUAUUUAACAAGAUUAUGAAUGCAAAGACAGACAUUAGCGAGUUGACCGUUGAAGAACUCAUGCUUAAAGAUCUGAAAGUAACAAAUGGUGUACCUAUUGCAGUAUUUCCUCUUUUAGUGGAGAAUCUUCUUACGCGAGAGAAUGCAAAAGAGAUGAUUGAAAAGUUUGGCAUUGAUAAAAAUUGUACCGUCAUUGUUCUCAUUGGUCUCGAUGUAAGCGAUGGACGUAUAUCCAGAGAUAUCGCGGUCUUUUCAAUAUUAUGCGAUCAAUUAGGAAAUGACAUUAUUCAAGCAUUAACUUCUUCCACGCAACCACCCUUGAAUAUAGAUCUGGUGAAAGAGAUUCGGGAAGAAAGAUACAGUAUCUGCUUGUACAAAAUAGGAAAUUUAGAAGUGACGCGCAAGCAGAUACUGCCGAUUGUACAAAGAACAGCGUUAUUACAUAACAACGAGCGAAUAUAAAUAAACAAAGAGAAUGGGGAAAUUGUACAGAGGAACAAGAGUUGCGCCGAAUAUAUGACCGAACAUUCGAAAGGUGUUCUUUAAAGUCAAAGCUUUUGCAAAGUUGAUCCUUUUAAUCCUUUCAUUCAUACAAUUUCUUCCAUUCCUCCUCGAUCAUAUAUCAUUGGAAAUAACAA